UAGUUCCAAGAAGAAUCCCAAGAAGACGCACGGCGGCAGGACGACGAGAAAAAAGAAGCUAGUUAUUGUUGAAGUGUUUCUUGAAUUCAUCUCUCAUUCUCCCAAGUUCGACUCCAAGUAUUGUCCCAGUGUGUUAAGUUAUUGUUGUCAGAGAAUCAGGGACCGCUACUAGUUGCUACUGUUGUUCGAGCCCCGGGUGUUUUUUAGUGAAUUCCAAGUUUGCCGCAGCUUUUAGGAUUUCUCCUCCAUUCAUGCUCAUCCUUGUCCUUAACAAUUUCUUCUCAAUAUCAAUAUCACCAUCGCAUCAUCUCAUUAAAUCUCAUGAUACUCUCUCUUUGCUCCCUUAAAAUGAUCAUAUUACGAAGAAGACGAAGAAAAUGAAAGCACGACGUUCGUUAUUGUUAUUCCUAGUUCGACAGCUCCCUUUACGGUCAGCGUUACGGCCAUCUUGUGAAAGUGACAACAUGCGAGUACUUAGUGAGAAGGAUCACUUGGUGAAGUGGCACGUUUUAAAAUGGAUCAAACCAGCGCAGUGUUAACAAGCCAUGUAAAGUUCAAAUAAAGUGUCGCCAAAUUGUUUUGACGCCCUAACCAGUCAUUUCAACAGUACUAGGUUUUGUAAUGGGAAGUCGGCAUCAUGCUGAAGAGCCUACCGCAAAUACCUAGGCGUGACUCUGUGUCCAGUUGGAACUCUUCUCUCAUAGGGCAUCUGGUUGACUAGCCCAGUGUCCUCAGUGAACAAAGAUCUUGAUCAAUCCCUGAACCCAUGGUAUUGUAAUCAAGAUGCCGUUUGGAUUCGGGUCGAUCUCGAGCUUUGCCAACAAGGCGGUCAGCGCUGCCACAAAUGCAGCCAGUGAGGCAGCCAAGGUCGCAGAAAAGGCUGUGGAUACUGCAGCUAAAGCAGCUGAAACUGCCACUGCUCAGGUGGCGGCUGUGGCUGGUGAGCCACCAGCUGCGGGGCAACCACCUGCUGCCCGACCGGUUGCUCCUGUGCAAAGAGCUGCUGCUCCCAGGCCGCAGGCACCUAUGCAACAAGCACCACGGCCCCAGGCGCCACAAAUGCAACAAGGUCCACAAAUGCAAUCUCCAGCUCCGCAACAGCAGGUGCAACCUCGUCCGCCCGUGCCACAGCAACAGCAGCAGCCACAACAGCAACAACAACAGCCUCCGAUGCAAAGGCACACAACCCCGCCUCAACAAGCUCAAACACAACCCCAACCACAACAACCGCAGCAGCCACAACAUCAACCAUCACCGCCUCAGCAAAUGCAACAGCAACAACAGCAACCCCCUCAACAGCAAAUGCAGCAACAAACUCAACAACAGCAGCCCCAACAACAACAACCGCAACAUGUUCCAUCACCUCAUCAAUCCCAAAAUAUUACCCAAAAUCAACCACACUCUGUGAAUCAAGCUCCACCUCCCCAACAGUCCCAACAUCAUGCACAAAACCAACUGGAACAGCCUCAAACCAACCAUGGUGGCCCUAUGCCACAUCAGGGUCCACCGAAUCAACCAGGAGUGUCAGUGAGUGGUCCAAUGGGAGGCCCAAUGGGUCCUAACCAGGGCUCAAUGGGUUCUAACCAAGGGCCUAUGGGUCCUAACCAAGGCCCCAUGGGUCCUAACCAGGGACAUAUGGGUCCCAACCAGGGCCCUAUGGGUCCUAAUCAGGGCCCCCCCGGGUCAGGUCCUCCAUUUCCAUCCAGUCCGGGACCACGUGGUCCUCGUGGGAUGCGACCCCAGAUGGGUCCCCGCGGUCCAAUGGGCCCCAAUGGCCCCAUGGGCCCUGGUGGCUCAAUAGGUCCUGGUGGUCCCAUGGGUCCACGUGGUAUGCGCCCCGGGGGCCCUAGAAUGAGAGGUCCUCGGCCAGGCAUGAUGGGCCCGGGUUCAAGACCGGGAUUGAGUCCCUCAGGCCUACUGCGGGGCCCACGGCCAAUGGGCGGUCCUCCAGUUGAUAUGGGAGAUUCCAUGUCAGGUGGCCCUCUCCUGAAUCAGAACGGACCGCCGGGCUCGGAAUUCGGACCCCCCAAUUCCAUGGGCCCACUUCAAAUGGGCCUUCCUCCUCAUUCCAUGUCAGAUGUUCCUGGUGAUAAUAGUAGUAGCAGCAUGGGGUUCCCUCAGGGCAUGUCGUCUCAACCCAACCAAUCCGGCAUGAAUCCCAAUCAACAGGGACCCAUGAACAGUGAUACCAAUCUUGUUGGAAACUCAGGUGCUAAUAACCCUCAUAUCAAUGAUAUGUCUUCUGGCGAAAUGCUACCCCCACAUUCCACGAACUCCGGCCCACUCCCAGAUCAUCAGCAACACCCAUCUUUUAACGACCAUCCUCAAAAUGGGGUCAUGAAGCUGUCCUUGCCUCCCCUCAAGGGACCUCGCCCACAACCUUUUAGUUUAAGACCCAACAUGAACCGCCCUGGAGGCGGACCUCGAUCCCCGCGGUUGCGAGGCCCUCGCCCAAGUGGGCCUGGGCCUUCCUCGGCAAGCCGCGGGCCUCGUCUAGACCGUCCCAGUUUGGCUCAGGGUUCCGAGUCUCAAGACUGCCAUCUCAAGGGACCAGAUGGAAACCCUGGCCUGUCCACCUCUCCCACCUUUCCCAAACAGCUGAUGGGACAAUCAACCUUUGACAGUGGAUCCAAAAGCCACAACAACCCAAUCAUCAACAUCAACAACAACCGUAGUGAAAACAAAUUCCACAACACAUCCAAUAAUAACUCUCCCUUGGACCUUGAUUCCUCUUUCCCUCCCCUCUCCUCUUCCAAUAUGGACCUUUUCCCCCUUUUCGAUGCUCAACUCCCUCCUUUCUCCUCGUCGUCAUCUCUACUGCCAAUGCUGAAUUCAUCGUUGCCACCAUUCGAUAAUAGCCUUCCAACGGAUCCGUUCCCUCCAAGUACGGCGACCACGAGUCUGAUCAUGAGUUUUCCUGGCCUUUUGUCCUCGCCCAAGUCCAAUGGCCACCACAAGAAGGGUUCUUCUCUAUUGGAUGAACUACUGCUCGAGCUCGACAACCACGGGCUCUACGACCAGGACAAUAUGGACGACGAGCAAACGAGGACAAAGACGGCGACAACGACGACAAUGUCGACGACGACCAAGUCGAAGAAACAGCAAGUCUUCUCGAAGGAUAAGAACUUGUCUCCAAUUGUCAUCAAGGCGCCCAAUUCUCCUCGACAAGGCAUGCUGCUACGAAGUCCAUUGCGAAGUGAGCCGUCAUUUGAGAUUAGGAGCUCGCUGGAUGAAUCACCCGAGAAGCCCGCAAAGCCCACGAGGAACCUAGGGAAGCCUGGUUCUCUUUCUUCGUCGUCUGCUCAGAAAUCCUUUGUUUUAUCCUCUGUUCGCCAAAUUGAAAGCAAGCAUCAGGCUCCGGAUUUGUUGAAUCGAUCUGACUCGAAGAAAGAGUACAAGAAGCAACACAUGGCCAAAUCUCCCUGUUCACCUUCUCCAGAUGAUUCUCCCAUUCAGCCCAAAGACUUUCUGAGUAAAGUGACUGAGAAUUCGUCCAAAUUCAUUAGCUCCAGAGAUGAUCCAAUGGGUGGCAGCUAUUUCAUGGAGGGUCCCUUGGGAGGUCCCAUGGACAUGUUCAACACCAAGAGUGCCAAAGACGCCUUCAAUGCCCGCUCAUUCUCGCUGACCUCAUCUUCGCCACCAUUUCCUUCUUCCAGUCCUCCGAUGAUGAUCCCAGAGUCCUUUGGUCGAGAAGGAAAAGAUCAUCAUCAUCAGUCACCGUCCAAAGUCAAUGGGAUGUUCUCCAAACAAAGGUCAUCAUCUGGUUUGUCGCCCAACGACGACUAUGGUUCCGACCGAAGGAAGCAAUUCAUGACCACAAGUGGAAAUACUGUGGAACUGAGUAAACCUGAAAGACUGUCCGAACGCCGUGAUCGCCUCAAUUUCGCAAUGAAACGAGGCAAUAGCAGCAAAUCAUCCCAUUUGAACGACCUCUCCACCUCCCAUGACCAACUGUCUCCAAUCUUGGACAGCUCUCCGCUGAUUGAAAAGAUUGAAUCCAAUCGUGAGAAGUUCCGGGAUCAAGAACGACAAAGAGAGCGGGAACGCGAGGAAUCCAGAAAGCAUCGUGAUGGGAAUCAACACGGAACCUCCUCAACCAACCGACUCAAUCAUCAUGCCGGCCAAUAUGGAAAUCAGUUGCAAGCAGGCGGAAAUAACGCCCAACUUGGCUCCGCCGGUCAACCACAAGGCGAAUCAAUAUCAGGCAUGCUCAAUAAUUUUUCCAAGGCCCUUGGUAAUAUUCGCGAUAUUCGAGAGAAACGGAUGAAAAACCUUGGGAACUCUCCCCGACCAUCGCCCUCUGAUCCUAGCAGUGUAAAUUAUCAGCGAAUCAUGCAGCAGUACGGAGGAAAUCAAUACUCCCAGGGGGUUCAACAGGGUGGCCAGCAGCAACGCUCGCAAUACAAUCAAAUGCACCCUCAACAAAUGAACCAACAACAGUAUAGACAACAACAGCCAUAUCAGCAACAAAAUUAUAACCAGCAAGGUCGAAUGAAUCAGCAAGGCGGUGGAGGAACUGGUGGUUACGGAAUGAACCAAGGCCAUCAAUCCCAACAAGGAGGUUAUGGGUCAUAUAACCAACAGCAACAGCAACCCAUGGGAGGUGGGAUGAAGCCCAAUAACUAUGGGAGCCAAAUGGGCGGCAUGCAAAACCACUCUCAGCCACAACAACAACAGCAACAACAGCAACCUAUGGGUGGAGGAGGGACUCACGGAUCCCAAUACCAACAAUCCUACGUGGGGCAACAAAACCUUCAUCCACACCAGCAACCACAAUCCAACCAGAUGAUGCAUCAACAAGGCAUGAUGAACCAACAGCCACAGCAUCUUCAACAGCAACAGCAGCAUCAACAGCAGCCCAUGGGCAAUCAGAUGCUGCAUCCUCAACAAUCGCAUCAGCAGAAUUUGAUCAAUCCAGCUGGAGUGACAAACACCUCUUUGGGACCACUUGUGGUACAUCAGCCACAGCCUCAGUUACCCUCAGCUGCAGCAGCCUUGUCUCAAGCUCAAUUAGUGUCUUCUUCUUUGCCCGCUCCGUUUACAAAUCCCCUAGCUACUGCCACAAAUAACCACCUUUUAGCUGCCAGUGCUGCCGCUUCCGAUCCACUACUGUCUCAGGCUGCUGCCUCGCAGCAGCAACAGCUGCUGCUUCAGAAUCAACAGCUGCAGCUGCAACAACAGCAGCUGCAGCUGAAGAAGAUGCAGCAGCGCCUGCCUCACGUAAGUGGUGCCGAGCUCAAGAAGCUGCAGAAACAAAUACGUGAUCUCCAGCAGCAACAGCAACUUCAAACUUUGCAAACCCUCCGCCUGGCGCAAAAGCAAGAGCAGCAGGCUUUCAAGUACCUUAAUAAGGCCAUACAAAAUAGGCCCAGUCGAACAUAUCAGACCAGCCAUCAGGGUAAGACGGGGGCCUCCUCUCUGUUACAUAGGAGAGAUCACUUACAUCAUCACGGUUCCCACCAUCAGCCACUAGCACACAUUCCCUCAGCUGCCUUACUCCAUGGAGCUACACUCGCUAUGAGUGACCUUCCCGUGUCAGUGGGUCGAUCAGGCGAGCCACAAAACCCCAAAGUCCCGACCUCUGCCUGGUUGGCUGCCACUGACCCUGUUCUUGCAGCCCAAUCGGCGCUUCUAAGCAACAACCAGCUUACUCAAAGGCGUCAACAGACGUCGACAGCUGACUCAAAUAAGAUGCUUACUUUCCAUCCUUCCACUAUUCUUUCGUCCAGCAAUACUUCAAAUAUUGAGCAGAUUUUGCUUCAAGCUGCUAAAGGUCAGCAUGGAGGGGCGGCCUUGAAUGCGCAAGGUCCCUUUGGUACUCCAGUUGGAACUCCGGAUACUCUCAGUGAAGCGGGUUCCUUCAAAUCUCGAACUCGCCGAACGCUUCCAUACCUACCUCUCGAAGAACCCGCUCCCAUGCCAUCUGAAAAGAAACAAAGAGAAAGGAUGAGGGCUUUUGCCAAUCUGAGACAAUCAAGCUUAGAUGGUCUGACCGGCCGGGGCUUCCGAUCUGGAACUGGGGGGUUUUAUGGGUCGUCACGACCCAGAGCCAGUUCUAGUGAGACCAACCUGAGAAAACUUGCCAUGAAUGACCACAUGACCAGGCCUGGCUCUGCCUUAGGGCUCCUCCAAGCUUCAACAGUGGUGAGCAGCAAAGGACCCACAAGCCAGACACGGGAACACGAGAAGCGGAUAUUGGAGAGUAUUUUGCCCCCUGACCUCCGACACCUGGUCCGCGGAGGUUCACCGGGAACGAUACAGCAAAUGAAAAUGAAAUUGGAGGAUGAGCUGCGGAAACCUCUGGAAACGAUGGCCCUGGCAACUAAUACUAGCGAAGGGGAAAUGGCUCGAAAAAAGGCGGAAGCGCGUCUCUUUGGGCUUUCAGGCGCCCAGUCAGAUCGAAUCCGUUUGGAAAUGCAACGUUAUGCCACUAUGCGCGAUCCAAGACUGAGGGCUGAAAUGAAACACAAACUCAACCCUGUGCUCGAUGCUCAAUUGAAUCGAAAUCGAAGGACCCGGGGUCACCGGAGGAACCUUUCGGAUCCGAGAUUUUCUACAUCGCUGACGGAUAGCCUCGGUGAAGAUGAUCUCCAUUACAACCGACCGUACUCCAGUCUAGCCAGAGACAGAGACUACGACCCCUUGUCAGAUUCUUUAGGAAUGGAUAACUCUCGCUCAUACCUUGGCGGCAGUGCCUUGGACGGCAUGGGCGUGGCAGGAGGAGGAGGAGGCCUGCGCGACACUGCCAUCAACAGCCAUGACCUUGAAGAUAACAGUCGGAACCGAUACCUGGCAAGUCUCAGUCAGCAAUUGCUUCGCCGGUCCAGCGAAGGCGGGUCAGGGAAUACCGACCAUCUCUAUACGCGGAAUUUUGAUGGUACCUCUCCGCACACUGGGCGAAGGGCUUACUCCUCCAUGAGUGGCAGGGCUGGGCCUCGAUCCUGGCACCCUUCACCUUUCGCCAGUGAUGAUGACGCGUCUUCGGAUGAGCCACAAUUCUUCAAAGAGGAGAAGAAAAACCGAAUCAAAAUGGAAAUUGCCCGCAGACGCCAGCAGAUUGAGGAGAACGCAUGUCUCCACGAGGAGUUGACCCGACUGGCUAAAUUGCGCGAGUCGGCUGAGAUGACCGGAGCCACAUCCGGAGCUCCUUCUCACAUUGUGCCUUCUAGUACUGCCUUUCUGGGUGGUAACAUUCACCCGGCCAACCGUGGGAUGACCACUGCCCCUGAUGGCACCACGAGUGUUCUCAAAUCAGUGGAUGAGAUCCUCCGCGAUGGUGGCGGAGGGAGCCUCGGAACUGCCCAUAUGGGUCUCUCUUCCGAUCCCUUCCACAAUGGGAUGGGUGUGACCGGCGGGGCUAAUGCAGCGGGUUUCCGCGGAGCUGGCAUGGGAACGUUCAACUCGGACUUGUACACCUCGAGUGUUUACGAUCGGGUCACGGACUUUUCGCCAAUAAACUCUGAGCUUAGUGAAUUCACCACGCCCCGUCACAUGGGCGGCGGCAGUGGGAUGAUGGGCCAUCAUCAUGGCUUGAGGACAAGUGCAGGUGGAGGAAUCGCGGACGACCCUUAUUGGUCGCAAGGAGGUCUAAUUUGUUCUCCAUUUCCAUCUCGCCCUAAUUCGGAGCCAUCCCGAAAUCAGUUACAACGACAAAUGUCUCUCGAACCUGAGUGUGGUUUUGACAAGGCCAUUUUAUCAAAUGCAAAACCUUCAAAAUGGCCCAACUCUCAAAGUCCGCGACGGCUCGCUGCUCUUGGUCAAGGCAGUGUGGCUAAGAAGGUCCCCGACAACUAUGGAACCAUCGGCGGACCAACCAGGAAACCGAAGCUGGAUGGUGCUCAUGAUGAAUUCAGUGGAAAGAAACAAACACCCAAUUUACAUGUACGCCCAGGCCAAGACACAUCCCACACAUCGGAAUAUCCUCCUUUAAGGCGGAUAUUGCUGACCAAAGAAGUGAACAAAGACUUUGAUGGACCAGACGCUUUUGGCAUUCGAUUGACACAUGAUUACGUUCCUGGGACUGACGGCCAAUAUGAAGGGUGUGUCGUGUCCAAGGUGUUCCAUGGGAGUCGAGCGGAUUUCCACGGCGAGAUUUACGAGGGUGAUGAAGUCAGAGAAAUUAAUGGGAUUAAGAUGGCGUCGAAGAGCGAUUUUGAGAUCAAACACAUCCUCAAUGGAAUCCGAGGAGAGGCUGACCUUCUCUGUCGAAGCUUUACAGAUCCUUUUGGAACUCAUCGAGGGAUUCACCCUUUGGACCAGAUCACGGGCGUGGUCCCAUUGGACAAGGUUACUCGCGACGAUCAAUACCUCCAGAUGAAUGGUCUUCGGAAGAUUCCCGAGACGCAUAAAACCCACCGCAAGAAAGGACGGUAUCAAACUCGUCCAGUUUUGGGUCAAGUAGAGCUCCUUCUCUCUUACGAUUACACUCAAUCCAUUUUGUAUGUGACGGUGAUCCGAGGACGAGGCCUCCAAAGCUUUGUCAAUGGUGACUCGAGGCCUGAUGCGUUUAUCAUGGGAUGUCUUUUACCUCAAAGUGUUUACAAUGUGAGGAAGACCAGAUAUGUUCUCACAUCUUCUGCCCCUUUGUGGAACGACACGUUUGUGUACCAAGAUGUUCCAAUUUCCUCUUUGAGAAACAAGAGCCUCGAGAUCUCGGCGUGGAGUUUCAACCGAGACAGUUGUAAUGAAUACCUCGGGGAAUUGGUCCUGGAUCUUGCAGAUUUAUCUCUCAUCAACGAGAAGCCCAGAUGGUUUCAGCUCUUUGAGAGAACAUCAGAUGGAGUCUCUCAAUUCACCUUGCCCAACGGCAGAAUUGGCGGCAACUUUCAUGAGUCCAGGAGUCUGAGCUCAGUCAGUUUCUCUAAGGGCGGUUCUCUCAAGUUAAAGAGAUCCAUCUUUGGGCACUUCUUCAAUCGAAGUAAGAGUAUAACGGACUCCCCUUGAAGCCACAAACCACAUUCUCAAAUCUUUUACAACAUCUCCGAUAAUAUCCACCAAGCCACAACUUCUGGUGACAUUUCAGUCUUCUCUCUAAGCAGUGCCUUCAGAGCUAUUCCAUCCAGCGCAAGGCUCGAUUCUUACUCUCUUACCUAAUAGUACAUCCAAACAACAACCAUGCCUUAGAGAUGCAUAUCAAUUCGACCACAGACUUCUACGACAUAUACGUUCAAUAUCAAUUUUAUCUAGUCCGCUACUUCAGAAGUAAUGGCGGGACAGGACGCAACAUUGGGAUUGAAACCAUUUCUUUGGGGAAAAUGAGCAAUUUGUCCAGUUACCUGAAUGUUUUAGGCUAUGUCUGAGCAAAAGACAAUAUAUUUAUUGUUGUAAUGCCAACGCAUUAUCGAUCAUUGGAAAUCCACUUAUACGUAAAAAUAUUUGUGCACCUAAUUUCAAAAUUCUUCGACGUUGAAUUUCACAUUCAAGCAUUUUACGGAAGAUGUGUCUGUCCUGUGUUUGCAAUGUUCUCUUGUUAUACCGUGUUUCGAGUUUCGAAUAUAUUCUAGUUCAAUUUUCA